UUUUAUUUUUCGCGGCCUAUCGGUAUUAGCAGCGAGCGCGUGAGCACACAAUCGAUGUUGGCAGAUUCAUCGAUAAACUGAGGAACACGUUAACUGAAGAACACUUCGCCGGUCAGGCAAAAAAACAGAAAUUGAAAGAUAAUGCUGUUCAAGGAAUGUUGGCCCGCCACGCUGGCGUUCCUGGUGGCAGCAUCGGCGUCCUUCUCAGCCGAAAAGCCAGUUCCUCCGCCCUGUAGGGCCUGCAGUCAGCUGGUUGGCUCCUUUAAAGAAGGACUCGAGCGCACAAAACGAGGACAUGGGGGCGGGGACACAGCGUGGGAGGAGGAAAAGCUGCGUUCGUACAAGAAUAGCGAGGUGCGGCUUGUGGAGAUCCAGGAGAAACUGUGCUCGGACACUGGCGUGGUCAACAAGGACCACUGUCACAACCUGGCCAAUGAGCACGAAGCUCUGCUCGAGGAUUGGUUCACCCACAAGCAGACAGAAAGCCCCGACCUGCAGUCCUGGCUCUGCGUCGACCAGCUGGCCGUUUGUUGUCCUGCGAACACCUUUGGGCCGCACUGUCAGCUCUGCAGCGACUGCAGCGGAAACGGCAAAUGCAAGGGUGCUGGAACACGCAAGGGCAACGGCAAGUGCAAAUGUGAUCCUGGUUAUGCGGGAGAAAACUGCAACGAAUGUGGCCUGAUCCACUACGAGUCCUUCCGGGAUGAAAAGAAGCUGCUAUGCACGCAGUGCCACGCGGCCUGUGGAGAGGGUGGCUGCACGGGAGGUGGUUCCAAGAGCUGCCGCAAGUGCAAGGAUGGCUGGAUCAUGGACUCGGAAGCAGGAUGCGUGGACGUUAACGAGUGCCUGGAGCAGAAGUCCUGCCGACCGCAGCAGUUCUGUGUGAACAACGAGGGAUCCUUUAGCUGCCUUGAGUGCGACCGCUCAUGCGAUGGCUGCGACGGCGAUGGCCCGGACAUGUGCAAGAAGUGUGCAGUUGGCUUUGCGCUGAAGAACGGCAAGUGCAACGACCUAUCUGCGGAUCAACGCAGCAACUACGUGAGCUUCACGCGAAUGCUCACCUACUUUGGCAUGUGCGUAGCCACCUGCGUCAUAUUCCAGAGCUCCACCCACAUUGCCUGGGGCUGCAUUGUUGGUGCGGCGGUAGCUGUGUACAUUGCUGUUUCCGAGUACUGGAUAAACUCGGAGGCAGAAGGCGGUCACCAGCCAGAAAUAGACACGAAACAGUUGGAAGAACUGAUUAUGAAAUCGUUAUAAGCCAAUCUUAGCCGGGUCGUUAGGUUUAUUCUAUGAAUAAGAUACUCGAGGGCUUUGAUCAGCAGUAUUCUUUAUUAAAAACCAGUUGCUAAGGCAUACUAACGAUUUUUCUAUUUUGGUUGCAGUCAGCAGUGAUGCAGAGGAGUCCACGCACGAAGAUCUGUAGGAGUUCCCGUAACGCACAUUCAUGCACAUCUUUUGUAGUACAUUUUAGUUUAAUGGGCACUAAUAUUACCAAUUUAUAUGUAAUUAUAAAUUAUUAUGCCAAAGUGAAUUAAAAAAAAUUAUUUGCUUAUCA